AGCAGCCAAUGGCAGCGCACGUUUUGUCACGUCGGCGUGCUGCCUCAUUCCCCGGCUCCACAAACAACAUGGUGGAAACAAUGAGAGCGGAGGAGGCUCGCGAACUGUGAGACCGAGACAACAUACCGGAAAUACCGGAGUAACAACUGACGGGGAUCCACGCAGCCAGCGGGAAAUCUGCGUGAUUAGACACCCGAACACCGUGUGCGGGGCACGUGUUACCCGGGUCAAUAAGCAGCCAGGCCCAGGGUCCCGGAAGUCCUCGUUUUCCCUCCCCCCUAAUACAUUGCUUGAGCUCUCACACACCAUCAGUAAUUCAUUUUAAUUUCUCAGAUCUCUCAGUAUUACAACCAUUGGGACAGAAUAUUUUUGGGGUUUGCUGUGACCCCCCUCUCCCACCCCUUACCCAUUCAUCCAUUGACAGCACUGACUGCAUCUCCAUAGUGACCUCCAUCCAUAACUCUCAAUUGGACAUUACUGGUUCUCUGGUGUAAAACUUUCAGCUCUAUACCCCUCUCCCACCCUACUUACAGCGUCAACCAUGAAGUUGACGGAUAACGUGUUGCGCAGUUUCAGAGUGGCGAAGGUUUUCCGGGAAAAUUCAGAUAAAAUUAAUUGCUUCGAUUUUAGUCCCACUGGAGAAACCGUGAUAUCUAGCAGCGACGACGACUCUAUAGUGCUUUAUGAUUGCCAAGAGGGCAAGUAAGUAAGCAAAGCGCUAUAAUUUAUAGAUUACUUAAAAUGCUGGACGAACAAAGCUCAUUUUUUUUUAUUUUUGUUUUUUCAAGAUUCUUAUAGAAAAUGUUAAAGGGACACUCAACCGCCCAAAUUCCAAAAUCUAUAAAUCACUGUUUGAAUAUAACCUCAAUAAUAUACCCUUUAUUGAUGUGUUUUUGUUUUUUUGCAGUAGGGAUAUAUAUAUAUAUAUAUAUAUAUAUAUAUAUAUAUAUAUAUAUAUAUAUAUAUAUAUGAGAGCUUGCAAAAGCUGCGGGUCUUUCGUCUGAAGCCUUUGCAAGCUCUCCCCUUGUAACCCACCCCCGACUUUCUGUGGCUGUUCAAUCACAGAUUUCUCAAAGCAGGUGCUUUGGGCUUGUCUCUUGCGUCUAGCUGCAUUGAGCUAAGAAACUACAAAGUAAUCGUACGGACUGUCUGACAGUCGGGAGAAUGUAACGAUGUUAAAGAGAUAAUAUACGCACCGCAGUGGACUCCCCUUUUUAUCACCCCUCCCACUCUUUUUAAUUCUCAUUUGUUAUCUAUACACUAAAAAGGCAAACCAUGCCUGAAGGAUAAUCAACAUACCAAGAUACCUUUUAACAGAAUAAACACAGAAAUGUUUUCUGCCCCAUUGUAAUAUUUUAUUCUGAUGUACUACUACAAUGAUAUAUUGUUGAGCACUAUCCAUAAUUGUAUAACCAAAUGUCGUCUUCUGGCUGCCUGACAAAAAUAAAGAAUUUUUUAAAAAGUAUACUAUAGGCACCCAGACCACUUCAUCUCAUUAAAGGGGUCUGGGUGCAAUUUCCCUGGCCCCUUAACACUGUAAUGUUAAUUAUUGCAGUUUCUGAUAAACUGCAAUAAUUACAUAGUUAAAAUUGCCUCUAGUGACUGUCAAUGAGGCGGCCACUAGAGAUACUUCCUGCUUGCUAGGCAACCUUUGGUCGCCUAACUGAUGCUGGAUGUCCUCACACUCUGCAUGAGGACAUGCAGUGUUGGUAAAAUCCCCAUAGAAAAAUGUUACACCAGUGCUUUCCUAUAGGUGUUGCCUUAAUGCGCUUGCCGCACAUAUGCAUUAGCGCUCCCCCCAAAUUUGGUGAUAGAGGGGGCAGAGCAUUGACCCAGCACAGAGGAAGACCGAUGCUGGAAUCAGGUGAGUACAGUAAGGAUUUAUCCCUUUUACGUGGAAUGCGCAAGAGAUCUAUAGUGCUAGGCAUACAACUUUGUAUUCCUAGCACAAUAGUAUCCCUUUAAUUUCUAAACGUGCCAAUUUCUUUUGACGUCUAUAGUUUUGUAAAAUGAAAAAAAGAGUACACACUCUUCACACAUAAAGCACUUCCACAAGCUAAUGUACUGUAGGGGUUCAGAGUGUCCCUCAAAAAUCAAUAAUAUCCUGCCUCUGGUAUCUUUUAUGCAUUCCAAAUUAAGAGAGCAAUUCGGCCUAUGUGUUUUAAAGCAUACGCUAAUGUUCUGUUUUUGUUAUUUUGACAGGCCCAAGAGGACGUUGUACAGUAAAAAAUAUGGAGUUGAUCUGAUUCGAUAUACACAUGCAGCCAACACAGUGGUCUACAGCUCCAACAAAAUUGAUGGUAUGCGAAAGAAGAUUUUUCAGUAUUUAUUAUUUUUACAUUAGCUUAUGAUGUAGUGUGCAUGAUUUUGCAAACGUUUGUAAUUUUUUUUUUUUUUUAGAAACUCUGUAUUUCAUUUGAUUCAUUAUGACACCACGUUCCUCCAAACCGUGAGCUUGGGUCUGGGCUGAGGUAGUUGUUUGUACAGUUUAAGGGUCUAUGACACCACCCUCGUUAGUAGAUAACUGUACAUGCGACUGCCUUGCCUAGGGCAGAGCACAGUCUCCAAAACAUCUCAACCAUGAUAUUAAUUAAUGUUUACUAUAAAUGAUGGUUUAAAGGCUUCUCCUUUGUUGAUCAUUUACAGAAAAAUUAACUGUAAGGUAAAUUUCAAUAUCUUCAAGUGCAGGUUCUUUUGCUUUUCACCACUUAAAUUAAUGCAAUGACUCAUCAAAUGUCUAAUGUUUAAAAUGUUUACAUAUGUACAUGUACCUUGUAAUGUGCUCCAGGUCUCAGUUUUUGGUGCAAGGAGCUAGGGCUAUCCUGAGAUGAAAUAUUAAGGUUUCCGUAAACAUCUAUAUCACCAGAAUCUGGUGUGUGCCAUAACACAAAGAUGGCUGCCAUGUUUAAACCAGGUAAAAUAAAGUUUUGGGUUUUUUUUUUUUUUUUUUGUGCGAUACUAACACACAGUCGUAAUUACUCAAAAAAAGUGUAACUUAAGAAAUGUAAAAAUGGUCAAGCAACCUAUGGUAGACUACUUGAGAUGGAUUAACCCUCUGAUUCUCAAGUCAGUUUACUAAUGUAGUGCAGGUAACCUUUGGGGUAACGCAUUAUAAAACGGUUAUUUUUAAAGGAUUAUCCAUAUUCUUAAGUCACAACCUUUUUUGAUCAAGGGACGCUUAAGGGAAUGGUUAUGGUGACAGAAGUGCCUUUUCACUUUUUCACAAUAAGCUUUCAAACCAUUUUAGCAUGGUUUGAAAACUUCCCUGGGUCACUCUAGGCACACCAAGCUUCAUCUAGUCUACUACUAUUGCUGAAGCCAGAUGUCUAGAUCGAAUAAAGCACUACCAUUAAUGCAGAACUGCGCUGUUUGGCUGAGUGCUCUCAGCCAAUGUACAAAGUCAUACAGGACCCUGCUUUAUUCUACAAAGCAAUACAGAUUGUGGGAGCAGACCAGAUGCAGGGGAUGUGGCUGUGGCUCCUGACAGGUCCAGGUAAGUUGUCAAACCAUACUAAAACGGUUGGGCUACUUACCAUAGGGUGGUGUCAUAGUUACUGCAGAACACUGUACUUGUUAGGAUGCUUGGAGUGUUCCCUUAAGAACUGAAUUUAACCUAUUACAGCCCUGUUGCUAUAUUUUCUUGGCGCAUGUUGUGGUGACAUAUGAGGCAAGUAAUCUUUAUCUUUUUAUUGUACUAGAUGCAUAUUUAAUAAAAUGCAAAUGUUUUUUUGUACCUCACCAUCAACCGGCUUCCUUCCACGUGCACAUUUUGUUUUUUGAAAAUAAGUUUGUCAUUUGCUUUCCUUUUUAAAACAUUGCCUAGAAGAUGUUUUUUUCUUCUGAUCUUUCCAUGCCACCUUGCAAGAACUAAGAUGUAUUUUUGUUACAGAUACUAUUCGCUACCUGUCUCUUCAUGAUAAUAAGUACAUACGUUAUUUUCCAGGACACAGCAAGAGGUGAGAUGUUUUUUAAGAUGUUGGUUGAGGAUUAAGUUCAGGGGUUCUAAAGUUAUUUGUUCUUCCAAGAUAUACAUGUUUUGUGGUGGAACGGGAUUCACCUUGCAUUGCUGUACAGCAUUGUGUGUCUGAGUGCUGGGAUCAUGUGAUGUUUUCAGUUUCUUGAGAAUCAUGGUGAAAUAUGGUUCACAAUCAUGUGCAAUGCAGCUGUUUUUCAGAAUUGGUUUAUAUACUGCUAAGCAUAGCUUUCCUAAGCGGAACAAGAAACUGACUCUUAUUUGUAGCCCUACAGGUAAUAGCAUCCACUAGGCAGCAAUUAUGUGUAGUUAUGGAAUUUUUAUAGAAGCAACUUCUUUCAUUUGCACUGCUUUAGUGAUCGAAGUGUGUGUGUGUGUGUGUGUAUAUAUUAUUGAAAAUGUAUUUACUCUACUGGGAAAAAAAAUAUUAGUUUGCACUAGACAUGCAAAUAUGAGCAUGCAUGCAAUGGAAUCUGCACGGUCCCCACAAAGCGUGGUAAUAAUCUUGUGAAAAUACUCAAUAUAUCACGAGACCAAAUAUAUAAAAUGUUAUUACACAAUCUGGCUUUAAAAUACUAAAAGCUGUAUGUCAUUGUAAUUGAAUGUCCAGUUUGACAUAAUUGUUUCACCAAAUCACAAUUUUGUUAUCUGUUUUUAGGCAGGUGUUUUCAUAUGACAUUGUAAUAUUAGAUUCCACUGCAUCUUUUUUCAUUUUCAGUAUUGGACAUUCUGCCACGGAGCAUACACAUGCAUGUUCCCUCAGAGGCCCACUCUUAUUGCUUAAUUAUGUCACAUUUAUUUGCUUUUUUUCUCCUGACUGUGCUUUGACAGCCUCACAUGUAUCUUAUAUUGUUUUAAACUCAGUUCAAGUAAUCCAUGGUUGCUCUAACCUUUUUUUAAUUCUGUUACACAGAGUGGUUGCCUUAUCAAUGUCUCCGGUUGAUGAUACAUUCAUUUCUGGCUCAUUGGACAAAACGGUCAGGCUAUGGGAUCUACGCUCUCCUAACUGCCAGGUUUGUAUAGAAUAUGGUGCCAAGAAUUUCCAUUAUAAAUGUUUGUGGACUUUUUUGCAAAACACAUGGUUUCAAAACCGUAAAUUAACUGAGAAUAAUAUUGCUGAAUUUACUGGAAAUAUAAAAUUUUGAUUUUCUCUGGAUUUCAAGAAUAUUUUUGGAUAUAGAUGUUAUCCUACUCAUUUAAAGUAACACUAUAGGGUCAGGAACACAAACACGUAUUCCUGGCCCUAUAGUAUUAAAACCGUCAUCUUGUCCUCCUGGCCCCCCAAUUAAAGUAAAAUCAUACUUUUAGUAAAGUCUGCUGCUGCUGGCUCUACCCCUAAUCUGCCUGCUUGGCUGACUUCAUCAGAAGUGAUUCUCUGAGCCAAUCACUGUAUUUGUUAUGGUGACUAUAGUGUUCCUUCAAGCUAUCUUAUUGUCAGAAUGUAAUUGAUCCCAGUGAGUCUGAAAAAGUCCUGUACAUUUAUACAGCACUUCUCGUAGGGAAAACAGUUUGAUCUAUAGUUUUAGUUUACCAAAUUGCUUACAAAUAUAUAAAUUAAAAUAUAGUCUUGCCUAUACAGAGUUAUUUAUUAAAUUGUCGGGAAUUGAAAAUCUGACGAAAGUAGUCAAACUGGAAGUUUAACACACUUGGAUAAUUAUUAUUAUUAUUAUUUUUUUUUAAUUCUUUAUUUUUCGUUGUGCAUGAGGUUACAGUGUCACAAUGGCGUAUGUAAGCAUAAUAAAAAGAGAGUUUCACAUAUAUGGCAUUAAAUUGGUGGCACUUUUUUUUUUAAUUUUUUUUUUUAGAUUUAGACAGGCUAUGUAUACACGUCUGUGAGAAGGUUCAAGCAGUUUAAAGAUAAAAAUCUAAGCAUGCAAGACAUGGUGAAUAUUAUGCUAGGUAGAAUCGCUGAGUGUCUUGGGAGUAGUACACAGGCUAGGGCAUUAAUAUACUUCACAAGAUCAGCUUAGUGACAAUGAGUUAGAUGAGACAUAGCUAUGCAUGAGAGGGUCGGAGACCAGUGAUUUAUUAUGGUUAACGUGAUACAGCAGUGUGCAGACAGGCAUUCGUGUGAGACACUGCCCAGGCUGUUGAUAUAACGAAUAGGCUUAGACAUAGGAUGUAUGGAAAUAGUGCUGCACAUAUAACAUUGAUUAAAACUUUUCUUUUGGUAUAACAUCCUAUCCAUCAGCACAUGCGUGUAGAUGCUAGGUGAGACAGUGCAUAUGCAUUAGAAAACACAGUAUGUAACAUGAAUAAAAUAAACUUAUAUCGUCUACUCUUAGGAAAGUUAAGGUUUGCAUCACAUGGGAGAAAAUUAAAUAAGAAAAAUUAACGAUGUAGAAAAGACAGGGUAGUGUCCCUCAUGUGUGAAACUUGCAUGCCAUAUCCCAUAUCUCCUCUGAGUGUUAGGGUAUGACCAGUGAACCCCUCAGGUUCAGCUAAGCCUAUGCCAUCUAGGGGAUAAACAGAGUCCCGUGACCAGGGUGAGUGCUGCAGGCUGUCCCAGCUUACAACAGAUCGGUAAGGUAGGCCUCUCGGUAUAAUCAGAGUUCCCCUUGGUACCUCAGUGAGAGUGUGCCUCCUGGCGUGAUCUCGCUGCCGUUGUUGCUGUCUGGUGUUUGGUACGUAGCUCACUGGGUGUUCCUUCGGGUGCUUUCGGUGCUGUCUGUGUCCCUGCACUGGUUGGGAAGUAGCGGGGGGAUCUCACUGCAGUGGUGCGCACUGUUGCCCGGUGUCUGGUAGCUGCUCUUCGUGCAGGUAUGUUGGCGUGUGCUCGGGCUGUGUGUGGUCUAUAGCCUGGUGCUCUUACCUCCCCUCCGCUUGAGUGUCGGUACUCUCGCUGGGGCUUUAUGUUUCGCGGCAGGAGGAGGGUGUUUGUUGAGGUGCCGCCGGCUUGGGGCCCUGGCCGCUGGCAGGAGCUUAGUGCUUGGGGGCAGCCUGUGUGGGAAGCUACAGCUCGGCGUGUGCAAGGAGGAUGCUUGCAACACUUGGCUUAAUUUUGCCCUGAAGUCGUCAAAAAUUCUGUCGAGUAUGUUUGCUUGCAAAGUUUGGGUUCUGGUUUGUGUUGCACACAUGGAGUCCGCCAUAUUGGUGAAGUUGUUGUGUUUCCCGCUUAUGGAGGCCGCCGUGCGGUUGUGCUGGUCUCCGCUAGAUUCUCUUGGACUGGGACAUCCCCCACUGGUCCAUAGCAGGGGGUGGGGGGUGCGGGGCUCAGUGCAGUGAUUUCCGCUGCUUUCUGGGAGUUCCCCAGUCUGAGAUUGGCCGCUUCUCCGGGGCUCACCAGGCCACAGGUCAAUCGUCCUGCUCUCCGGGGUUUUGUCCACUUAUGGUUCGGUAUGUCCGCUUAUGUUGAGCACCGUUACAGCUUGAGAGGGUGAGUUGCCUUCUUGGCUAUUUUUCCGUCGGGUUUUGGGGCAGAAAUCCUCAGUUUAGUGCUGAAAGUUCUGGAGCUCUUACAAGACACGUCUGCCCGGCUUGGCAGUCAGUCCCCGCCCCAUUGGAUAAUUAUUUUUAGUUUGGCUAUUUUUCCAUAACUUUUAAACACACUUUGAAUUCCCAACAGUUGUCACUUUAGUAAAUCAACCGUAAAGUGUUUAGGUUGUUUGCACUCACUGGGCUGUCCGUAUGUCCACAUAGCUCUGUACUCAAUAUUUGUUUAACCUUAGUAUUUCUCAGACCAACAAGAAGAUUGCUCCCCAUAUACACAGCUUGCAGCCAUCUGAUCUGGCUGCAGAGACAUAUAUAAGGUCCCCCUUGUCACUGAUUCCAGAAUUGCCAACGUUUAUUGGGGAUACUGUAAAGGAUCAGUUUAAAUACUUUAAGCACUUUAUUGCAAAUGCUUGGUGCAUAGAGCACACUGAGCCUUCCUCUUAUUUCUGAAAGUGGGUUAUAAUGACAAUGAUUAGUACUAACAGCUGCCUCCUAGGGCUGUCAAUCAGUUCCUGGGUUGUCCGUGUCAAUUUGUUUCUCUAUUGUGCAUGCAGCAUGCGUACACCAUGCAUAAUAGGGAAUGUCCUCCUUCUCCUCCCAACAGAGAGAGUCGCCAGUCUGCCGCUCAGCCCAAACUAAAGUCCCGUGAACUAGACUGUGUUUAAACUGCUAGCAACCACGCUAUCGCUUUAUAUUGCAUUUCCUGUUCAUCCCAUGUAAUUACUGAAACUGAUCAUUAGGAAGAAGACACUUGUUCAGAGGUUUUUGUGCUGAGAUUAGUCCCAAUAGAUCCGCAUAAGAUGCUCCUGAUUGGUGUGUCUCAUUCUCGAGUUGGAGUGGCAUGUCUGCAGCUGCAGGUAGACACACACAGUGCAUUGCAUUUGAAAGGUAACCGUUGUUCCCCAAUAUUUAUUGUAUUAUCUGUAUUAUACAAUAAAAAUUAAUGGGUCAUAUUUGUAUUAGAAGAACCCUUUAAACGGAUUCAUCUAUGAAACUUAAGUUAGCAGUGUGUGAAACAGCACAAAUGUGAAUUUAACAUUCUCAGUAAUAUGUUUUUGUUCAUUAAUAUAAUGAAUUUGAUUAAAAUUCACACUAGAAAAUAACAUUUCUUUCUUGUAUCCCAUAUAGGGUCUGAUGCACCUUCAGGGGAAGCCUGUGUGUUCCUUUGAUCCAGAGGGUCUAAUUUUUGCAGCUGGAGUAAAUUCAGAGAUGGUCAAGUUAUAUGAUCUUCGCUCUUUUGAUAAGGUGUGUUUUAAACUCUGUAUGUUAGAUGAGAUUAGGAAUUCUAGAGUAGAAUGCACUUUACCUAAUUCUCUAACUUGUAUAUUGUUUUUUUUCCCAGGGACCUUUUGCCACAUUUAAAAUGCAGUAUGACAGAACAUGUGAAUGGACAGCUCUGAAAUUUAGCAAUGAUGGGAAAUUAAUCCUGCUCUCUACCAAUGGUGGCUUCAUCCGACUAAUUGAUGCCUUCAAGGGGGCUGUUCUGCACACAUUUGGGGUAAGUGCACUGAUUUAAAGCUUUUUUAUUUCUUUUAUGUAGCUUUAUUUCUGGUAACAUACAAAGUAAUUACCAAAUGCCAAUUUGGUGGAGAGUGAUCAGUAAGCACUUUAUCUAUUUAAUAUCCAUGUGUUCUUUUGUUGGCACAGGGCUACAAUAACAGUAAAGCAGUUACAUUGGAAGCCUCAUUUACUCCAGAUUCACAGUUCAUUAUGAUCGGUAAGAUGUGGCUAUUUUAUUAUUUUUUUUUUUCUUUCAAACUUUUCAUUUCUGGAAUGUAAAGCAGCUUCUCACUGUGUCUGGUUUUAUGCAGGAUCUGAAGAUGGUAAGAUCCACGUUUGGAAUGGUGAGAGCGGCAUGAAGGUGGCGGUGCUGGAUGGUAAACAUACUGGGCCCAUCACAUGCUUGCAGUUCAAUCCCAAAUUCAUGACUUUUGCCAGUGCUUGUUCUAACAUGGUGAGAGUUUUGUUCUUUUUUGUUUUGUUUUUAAAGACUGUUUACCUUUGUUACAUUAUAGCUCGUCUCCUUGCAUAUAGUUUCUUAGAACUGGGGUGACUUUCAAAUUCCCAUCGAUAUGUAAUGAGGCAUUUAUACUUUUCUCCCUUGAUCGAAUUUCUAAACUAACCCUCUAGUUUUAUCUAAAUACUCCAAACACCAUGUCCACAUUAGAGAUUUGAAGUAGUCAUGGUGCUUGCAGUCUGAACUUGCAGCAUUUCACUAUGAAUUUAAUCUUUUUGCCGCAAGUGUAGCUCCACCUCCUGCGGCAUCUUUGGUGCAUCAUUAGCCAGCACUGAACAAGUUCCAGGUGUGCUAAUGUCAAUUCUGUGCAUAUUUCUAUGCACAGAGGGUCUUUAAUUGGUUGAGGGCCAUCAUCUAGCGCUCUCAGCCAGUGAUAAGCGGCAGGAUUGGUAUUUGGCUUCUGCAACUCUGUUGGAAACCUGCUUCACAGGAGACCGGCACACAAUGACAACAGGUAAGAGGUCACUGGUUUUACCACAGUUAGCCUCAUUACUAUCAUGGCCACUACAGUGGACUGUAGUAGUUCUCAUAGUUGGAAUAACCCUUUAAAAUAUUUUUUGCUUGCUGAAAGCAGGAACUCCAAACCUCUUUAAUAGGGCAUUCCAGGUACUCACACAACGUGCCAUGUGUACUUGGAAGCAGUUAGUUCAGCUAUACAGGUAUUUUAUUUUGUAAUAUUGUGACAAAAAUUAGGUUUUACUUAUAUGAUAUGGCUAUGUCAAUUUGCUCUACUACACUUCACCUGUUGUGAGCUAAUAUUGACAAGCAAGUUGAUAUUUCAUAAAAACAGAUGUUUACUUGACUAUUCAACUUUCUAUAAUGAAAAUGGUAGUGUACAGCCUAGUUCAGUGGCCAUGCCUCUGUUCCUUGAUAUAAGAACUAUAAGAUAUAUACUUAUUCUCAUGAUUUUGCAAACAGUCACAUUAAAGGAACACUAUAGUGUCAGGAAUACAAACAUGUAUUCCUGACACUGUCAUUUUUUUAAAAAGUGCCCUUUAUACUUAAAAAAGUGAAAUCCUCCCCAUUCUUCCAGCGCUGCGCAGGUCUUGUCAUAGCUGGUCCCGCUCUGCCUCUUUUGCUGAGAUCAAACUUGAUGAUCAUGGCCAGUCCCAAGUUUUCGCAUUGGAAGGCUAUUGCGCAUGCAUCUCCUCAUAGAGAUGCAUCGAAUUAAUUAUCUCUACGGGGAGCGUUCACCGUGGAGACGCUGAAUGUCAGUGCUGCACAUUCUGCAGCACUGACACAUGAAGCAUCUCUAGUGGCCAUCUGAGUGACUGCCACUAGAGGUGUUCCUAGGUAUUAAUGGAAUACUGCCUUUUCUACAAAAAGUCAGUGCUUACAUUAAAAAGCCUGCAGGGACAUACACACCAGAACAACUUCUUAAGCUGUAGUUGUUCUGGUAACUAUCGUGUCCCUUUAACAAUAAAUACGGAAUGGAAAAAUUUAAAAUGCGACAGGUUGUCUUUAGAAAGAUUUUGCCAGGCAUAACAUAAAAAAAUAUACUUGUUAAAAUCUACCGUUCAAAAUGCAACAUUACAAUGUCAAUAAAAUAGCAACUUCUGUUUAUGUAGAAUGAACUGGUGUCAUAGUACAAACAGACUUUUGCAGCCACAAGGGAUUUCAUAUGAUGUAAUAUGGCUGUAAGACUGAUUACAGCAAUAUUGUGCAAUUUAUCUAGUGAGGAAGAAUAAACUAUAAAUAAAGAGGUAUAUCAUGCUAGAGAUGACUCGCCUUAUAACUGUAUGGUGGUAAAACUAUAAAUUGAAUAGGUUUACUUUUUUUAAAAGACCCCCUUUAUUUCUGCAAAUGCUCAGGAUCUGCAGCUUCUUUAAUUAUGUAUACAGGAAUCAGGAAGUGACUGAGCUUUUUUACCCAUAAACCUCUGCAUAGGAUAUGUUCAGCUGUUGGCUUUCUUCUGUCAGUUUCUGCCAUUUUUGAUCAAUUUCUUUUAGAGUUACUAUAUUACAAUAUGUAAUAGUUGUUUGGUUAAACAAUUACAGGUAACAUUUAAAGGGACAUUACAAUCACUAUAGGUGCUUCUUAGUUUAGUGCUGCACAUUGGACUUUCAGCUUCUGCAUGGAGGCGCUGAACAUUCCCCAUAAAAUUGCCUUGAUUCAGAGCAUCUCAAUGAGGAGAUGCUGAUUGGUGCCACUUUUUUGGGGACACAGUAGCUGUUGCGCACUCUGCUGUAUGUUGGGUGAUUGCCACGAUGGACAGUGUCCCAACGUCAUUACGUCUAGUAGAUGUGGAAGCUCCAAAUUCGUCAGCAGUUCAAUUCCCGUCUCGGUGGGUGGAGCUCUGUUGAUCUAACUAGUGGAUUACUGUCGCCAAGGCAACCGGACGCGAUUCAAUAUGGGGGAGGUAAAAUCAGCCGACUGGUCUGAAAAAAGAAUAAAAAUAUAGAAAAAUAAAAAAAAUAAAAAGAUUUAUUUUUAAUGUCAGAUCAUGUCUAGUUGUCUUGACUACGGGAAUCCACUCAUUAGAUUAACAGAGUCCUGCCCACUGAGCAUGACGACAUCGGAGGCGGAAUUAACUUUGCCUGCAUCAGAAUUUGGAGCUGACCCUAUCUACUAGACAUGACGUUGGGGCACUGUCUAUGAGAUAUGUUCAUCGCUCCUGGUUUGGUGAGAACUCACAGCAGAAGCUUGCAGCUCCAGCAAUUUUUUAAAAAGUGAACAUUGAUUUAUUUUAUUUUUAAUAAUGGGGGGCAACUGAACAUUAGUUUACUUUUUAAUGUACAGUGUUUACGAAUUAAUGACAAAAAUGAUCUGUAAAACGAAUAAAUGUAAACACGGCAAAAAAAUGUUUUUCAUGUAAUGUGUACAUAGCUUGCAUGAUACCUGUAUCAGACAAUGAGUACACAAACUCAAGUUUUCCCAGGCAUUCUGUGUAUCCCAAAGCAUGUAUGUGCAAAAUACAACUGUAAAAAGUUCACACUUGAUUGUUCGUGGAAUUGCUUAGUCACACAAAAGUGUAUUGUAAAAUUUGCAUUUUAUGAGAGACAGGGGUAAGUGUGAUUGUAAAAGGGGUUAUGGUACAAAAGAAAUUUGUCCAGGGUGAGAAAGCAUCUUUGCUUUUAACACAAGCUGUUCAAAUAACUUUGAUACUUUCAGAGUUUACCUAAAGUGAAAAUUCUCUGGAAUGCGGUGUGAAUUUCAAAUUUAACACUUGGGAAACUAUAGUCUUUAGAACAACUACAGCUUAAUGUAGUUGUACUGGUGAGCAUAGUAUGUCCCUGCAGGCUAUUUGCUCUAAACACUGCUUUUUUUAGAGAAAAGGCAGUGUUUACAUUACUGCCUAAGCACAUCUCCAGUGGCAGUCACUCAAAUGACCAUCUGAGGUGCUUCCCGAGUCAGUGCUACAAAAUGUGCAGCCUUGAUAUUCAGCAUCUCCACGCUCUGCAUUGAGGCGCUGAACUUUCCCCAUAGAGAUGCAUUGAUUUAAUGCAUCUGUAUGAGGAGAUGCUGAUUGGCCAUCACAGCAUUUGGUUCAAAAAAACUGACGAUCUUGGCCAAUCUAAUGCCUUCCUAUGGGGGGCCAGCAAUGCCAGACCCCGCGCUGUAAUCCUAUUUAAGAGGGGGGUGAUGUGAAGGGGGUGAAGCUGGAGACCUAAAAAGUGUUUUUAACACUAGUAACAAGUUUGUGUUUCUGAACUUAUAGUUUAGUUAGUUUUGCCUUAUAUUUUAAUUGUUAACAGUAUUUAUUGAAUAACCUUGUUUGUCUUGCAAGCUCAUUACUUGAGAGAUUGCUCGGUAAACUGUCUGCAGAAGGGGUGCGUAGUAGCUACUGUUCUAAAAGUAUAUUGCUGUCUACAUACACAGGAUGGAGCUUUUAUGAAAGCUGGACUAUAUGCAUUUUAUCACCUUACUGAAAGGAAUACUUUGCAUAGCUUGAAAAUUGUAUUGUGUUUUGAUAAAUAGCUGUUAUGUGCUCAAUUGUUUUGCAAAUGUAUUAUGAUUUUAAAGGCUUUGGCCUGAAAUUGACUUUUUUAAAAUCUUAAAUUCUGCAGGCUUUCUGGUUACCAACGCUUGACGAUUAAUACAUCAACACUUACCAGUAUAACAUUUUGUAGGACCUCAUUCGAUGACACACCUGGAUUUUCUGCGGUUUAUUCUACCCAAUGAGCUGAUAAAUGGGAUGCAACCAAAAAAAAAAAAAACCUAAACUAAAAUCCAUCAUUUCAUGAGCACUCCCAGUAUUAGCACUUUUCAGCCAUACUGACAUCUCCGCUUGCCAAAAGAAAUCACCGGUUUAUCCCAUUUCCCCUGACUUAUGCUUCCUGCUGUUAAGAUAACAUCCAUUUCUUAAGGUGCUGUGCCACUUUUAAAGACUCUUUACAGAGACUUAUCUUGUGUUUCUAGCAAUCUGUGAAACUGCCAUGUACAUUUAUUUGGACAUAUGGUUUCUUUUCGAAGCCUUUUUUUAAAUCCUGUGGCUUUUUUUAUUUUAAUAUGAAUUAUUUGUAAUGUAUUCCCAUUUUGUAUCUUUACCACUGGCCAGUCUGAUAAAUGCUACACUUACUUUUUUCUCCAUCUAGAUUCAGUUUCACAUGGAUCACAAAGGCACAAUUUGAUGCUUUGCAUUAAGCAUAUAGUCAAGACUGAAUGCAUGAUAUCCAGAACAAGAUGGUUCCUCUUUUUAAUUCAUAUUCCUGCCGUCUACGUAAUAUACCUGUAGUUACAUUGCUUUAGUUCUUGAUUUGUUCAGUUUACAAAUUAUAGCAUUGUACAUCGCUCUUUGAUCCAACUGUGUCCAUUGCAUCUCAUAGUGAGGAUUCAUUUUUCUUUAUCAACUGUCCAUUUGUACACUGAUCGCCUAAAUAUUAUUUUUCCUUCACUAGGAAAAUACAAUUUAUUUUUUUUAUUUGCUAAAUAUUCAAAGUUUUCAUUACAAAAAAACAGUGUUAACUCUGGCAUGGAUUAUGUUUAAUGCUAUGGAUGCAAUUGUGGCAUUACUCUAUUACUGUAGAAUCCCAAAUAGACACUCUCUCUCCUCUCUAUCUCUCUCAAUAUUUUAUCCCUAACAUCAGGACUGGGCAACUACACCCUCCCAGCUGCUGUUCGAGUCCACCUCCCAUGAAGAGUUUAACUCCAGAUCAUGUGUAUUACAGUCCACCAUUGUUGCCGUUGCUGGACCUUCCUAUAGAAGGCAGAAGCCUAAACCUUUAAUUUGUGGAACCAGUGUUACAAUGACUUUAACACAUAUGGUGGUUAUUCACUAAUCCAGAAUUGUGGAGCACAAGAGAAUAGCAGUGUUUAGGCCAUAAUAGUCAAGCUGGAAAUAUAGCUAUGGGGAAUCCUUUUUUCAGUCCAGAUUAUUUUGCCUAGAUUGUGUAAUUCUUUUGUCAAUUCUCAAUCAAUAUUAUUGUCAGAACACAUUAACCAUGGUUAUGAUCCAAGUGUCAUUUUGUGUGCUUUUUCUACUGUUUUAUAAGUUCAUAUUUUAUAAAACAGAUUUAUAUCCUUGUCCUUACCUCAAAUGAACUGUUUAUUUCUGUAAUAUGACUAAUAGCAAAUUGAGCACUGUCUUCUGCAAGCUGGAAUUGGAAAGAUAACUAGAACUGCCCCAUCAUGCUCCAGAGGGGCCAAUAAUAUAAAAUCCUGUUUAUAGAAAAAAAAAAAGUAAAAAAACAAAAAAAGCUUUUUUUGUCACUGCACGUAAUGAAAUUUCCUCCAGCAGUAUUUCUGAACAGCCGUAUUCUAAUACCAUAGACACAACAUGCAACUUGCAUGAAUACAUUUACAGCCAUGUAUAUAAGAUUAUGUUGAAAUGUUGUGAGUACAUCACAGUUUCAUGCAAAUGGUCCACAGUUGAUUCUUGUAAUUAUUUUUUUUACAUAAAUAAAAAAGGUUAAACCAAGUUGUGUUUA